CGUAUUUCGCCAUACAAGCGGUCAGUAUUCAUCCUUUUUAUCGGCAACUUUUUGCGCGCGGAGGUUAAAAAGAAGUCAAAAAGGAGUUAAAAAGACGACUGAUGACAGUGCGGAGCUGAAAUCACACCCAUAACCGUACACUUCGGAAGAAUUUCUUUUUUCGGUCGGUGGCGUUUCUGCGGAACCCGCGAAAAAACGGAAUUUACAUCGCGGACCGACGGCUGGGAGGAAUAGCCAAUGAAGGCGGUUGUUCUGCCGUGUACAGUGCACAAUACUAGGAUGUGAAGCAGUGACGUGGACUGAGAUUUAGUUCCUGAAGACACUGAAUAGUAGAAACAUUUUUGUGCAAUGUUUAACGUGCAGCGAUUGCAGGACGCGCACUCGCUGGCUUCGCAGGGCGGCGCAUCUGCAGGGGGCGGUCUCGUGGAUCCGCACACCGCGAGCAGCAGCUCGAGUACCGCCCCUCUGGCCGCACCGACCGCCUCCGCGCACCCCCUCUACCUGCAGCAGGGAGCCCACAGUAGCGGGGGUUCGGUCAGUUCGGCGGGCGGAGCAUCGCCGGUCAGUCCGCUCGGACCACGCCCACCCGGGAAAGAGGAGGACUGCAGUUUGCACGGGCGGAGCAGUACGGAUGACCCCCAGCAAGCCAUGGCAGCCCCCGACGACGACGACUCUCAAGAGGGAGCCAGUGGCGGAGGGGGUUCCAGGGCGCAGUACGUCUCUGCCAACUGCGUCGUCUUUACCCACUACCAGGGAGACGCAGCAUCGGUUGUGGACGAGCACUUCUCAAGGGCGCUGGACAAAACGGCGACGCAUGCGAAAGACUCGUCGCCGAUGUCCUCCCGCAAUUUCCCCCCCUCCUUCUGGAACAGCCAGCACUACGUCGGCUCUGCCCCCGGAGGAGGUCACCAUGCAGCCGCCGCGGCAGCUGCAGCCUCCGCAGCUGAACUGUACUCGGAGCACUACCACCCAGGGGACGCCUGGUAUCAUCAGUACAGCCAGCACCACCACCAUCGGGCCGUGCACGACUACCAUCACCACAACAUGGCGGCACAGUACGGCGGGUUGCUGUUGCCCGGGUCUAGGUUACACGCCCCGUGCAAGGCAGUGGACUGGCAGCACCCCGGGAUUGAGUCCGCGUAUUCCUCGUAUCCUACCAUGUCAGGGCUAGAAGCGCAAGUCCAAGACUCCUCCAAAGAUCUAUACUGGUUCUGAAACCGGGUUGAAGUACUGUAUAGUUUUUGUUAUAAAGAAAAGUGAUCUUAAGUGUAAUGUAAAAAGUACAAACUCUUAUUUAAAUAAGUACCGUAUAUGCGUACAGGGUUAAUGAACAUUUGGAAAUCGUCCUCCUUUUUACUUAACAUACAUAUGUUCAGGACGUUCAGUCAGUUCACAAUUUGCAUGGAAGUGGAAGUGUUUUGUUUUCAUGGUCAACUGCUAUUUUUUCAAUAGAUAUGGUUUUGUGAUUACGCCCUGAUUAGGUAUAUCCAUAUUACAGUGGGUAUGGAUAAUAUGUAGGUGGCUUUGUCCAAAUUCUUAGUGAACCCUGUAUGUGUUGUAGAAGCCUACAAGUGUUACUCAAUAUAUUUCCAAUGUACAUAUAAUCUGACGUUUGACGUUUUUUUUUGUAUAUAGGAAAUCAGCUUUCCUUUUUUACGUACUUUUGUUGCUGAAUUGUAUGUGUACAAUUAUUGGCAUCCAUAGAAAUGACAUUGAAGCUUUGAUAAAUUAUAUAAUUAUAUCGGUUAUGUUGACUGUGAACAUAAUUUAAAUAUAACGUAUUUGUAUAUUGCAUUGUAUAUAUUUAUCGAUGAAAUUGUAUACCAAAAGUUUUGUUUAAAAUACACAUGUUGUUAUUGUUUUUAGUAAUAAUCUGUAUAUGCCUUUGUGAAAUACUACCUUUAGCAACUUAGCUUCAUAGAGAGUGAAUUGAAUAAUAGUCAAAUUUUUCCAAUAUGUGGUAGAGUAUCUGUUUUGACGGAUGUCAAAGUGUUAUUCAUCCA